GUGACAGAUCAAUUCAUCGAACAUCUUCAUUUUUUUAAUUUUCCAUUGUUAAAGUCUAACCAGUAAUGUUGCCACUCUAGUCACAAACUUGUCUGCGAGGCAAAGCGUGAAAGUGGGCCCACUUGAUGUCUAUCCCGGUGUCAACAUGUUUUCCAUCCAGCAGCUUCAGGUCUGCCCUUUCAUUUCAUUUUAACACAAUGGGAUCGCAUGUAAACAAAUACAUGCACAAUUACCGCGAGCGAUUCGGUGUACGAACCUCUACCACAGCAGUGAUUUGAACUCUACCUGGACCUUAUGAUAACCUUUACAAAAAUAUUCGUCUCACCUUAUUCUCUGCCACUCAGAUAUAUACCAGGGAGAAAUAGAUGCAUGAAGUAUAUCGGAUGACGUGUUUUUUUUCUUCUGACUCCUCUCAGUUGUUUGGAGAGGAUAUUGUUGUCCUUACAGUCAUAUGCCAAGCCUCCAAGUACCUAGAAACUACUCUCUGUCUCCUACUUAUUCUUUGAUUUCUUAGUGUUGCUAUUUGUCUUGGCACUUUUUAUUUAAAUACCACAUUAGCCCAUAUCUGUUGAUUCUGCCCAGCUUAAAGCAGUUCAUGAACAGCUCGCUGCCCUCUCUGAAGUCCCUGUGAUUAAACCAAAGAAGAAAAAAGACAAGGACAAGAAAGAGGACAGCUGUCAAAAUAAAAGCAGUACAAAUUCCAGCUCCAGGCAGUUGUGGAAGAGAAGCAAAGACACGGAUGAUACAGAUGAUGAGUCUCUGCCGAUGACAUACGACGAGAAGCACCAGCUGAGCCUGGACAUUAACCGGUUACCUGGCGGCAAGCUGGGCCGGGUGGUGCACAUCAUUCAGACUCGAGAGCCCUCGAUGUGUGACACCAACCCAGAGGAGAUCGAGAUCGACUUUGAGAUACUGAAGCCGUCCACUCUGCGGGAGCUGGAGCAAUACGUGAAGUCUUGUCUGAAUAAGAAGUUUAAGUCAUUUCAAAAGAAAAGCAGUCAGGCUGCGCCUCAUCAUGUCAGCUGCAGCAGUUCUUCAGAUUCUGCCACCAGCAGCUCCACCGACUCCAGUUCAGAAAACAGUGACUCGUGACGACUGUAAAGUUUCUAUUUAUUGCUUCUUUAGUUACCAAAAGAGAGUUCUUAAAAACUGUUAAACAUGCUUAUUUUUGUAUUUUGCUAUGUGUUCAAUAUGUGAAAAAUUAAACUUCCCUCACACAGUC